AUGCCCGUCCAACUACUUCCGGCGUCGGCCGCCGCUUUCGCUCCCCGGGCUUCAUCAGUCAACGUUGUCUUGGGUUCAAAAGUCGAGCCAUGGCUUACACAGACCCUCAAGCGCAUCAACCGAGUCAAGCGUCCCCUCAACUCUGUACCCCAGCAUCAGCGGUGCCUCACCGAGACUCUCUCAUCACCGAACGCCAUCUGGACCUUGACCUCUCUCAUGCUGCCCAAGACCCCCGAGUCAGACUUCAAGCGUGAUGCCAGCAACCCUCUGGUCGAGGCCAUCAUGAACUACGAGCUCGUACAUGUUGAGGCUUACAUUGUUCAUGUCGACAUGGUUCUACGAAAUGAGGUCGCCUACAAGCUCACCAAGGACACCAUCGAUGCUCUCGUCGAGUACCACAAGGAAAUCCACUGUGUCGAUGCAAAGGCCAACACGUAUGACUGGACAGACAAGGAGCAGCAAUGCAAGAAGCUUCACGACGAUUUUGUUCAAGACAUCAACAAGUUUGUCUUCCGCACCCACGUCUCUGCUCUCGAGGGUCUCGAGGAGGAGGGUGCUGGUGAACUCCUCUGUGGCAAGAGCGAGGAGGUCAAGAACUGCAUCAGUGCUCUUAUGAAGCCCCUGCUACCUCCCCCCCCUCCCCGUGUCGUCGAAGUUGUCCGACAACCCACACUGCUGCCUAGCUCUCCUGUCAACAACAUGUGGUCGCAACAUAGUCUUCACGGCAGUCUUGCUGCUGUUGACUCAUGGAGGGUGCUUCCCUCAAGCCCCAGCGUCACAUCAUCGGCCGACUCAAACACAAGUCCUAUCUGGGCGCCCAUGACCAUGGAUGAUCUCUCCCCUACUCCCGCCUUCACACAGCCUCACUCUACGGCCGGCUUCUUCUGGAGCUCGCCUCAAGUGACAGCACCCAUCCCCGCUCUCCCUCUUCCUAGCAUGCUCGCCCCUGCUCAAUGUGGUAUCGGUAUGGGCAUGACAGGAAUGGGAGGCAUGAGCGGCAUGGGAGGCUUUGGCUGGGACCGAUACCAAGAGUAUGCGACCAUCAUGUGA